AAUUGACAGAUGUACAAAAACCCAAGUAGCUUCCACCUGGCAACCAUGCAAGCAGGAUUUUGACUCCUUGUUAGCCCACGUCAGGAACUCCACCAAACAUUCCAGAUUUCUACACUAGAAAGAAGGGGGGGAAAAAAAAGAGAUUAUGCAUUUCAGUAUCCAACAGAAGAGUCCAUCUUGAUCUGAUCUCAAACGAGAGAGAACAUCUAAGAACAUCGUCCUGUUUCCACAGACGUGUCGCUGAAUGCGACCGUUUCACCACUUAGACACUCCAGCUUCCUGCCACCUACAUCUCCACGUGUCGUCCCUGCCUUUCCCUUUAAAGAGAGAAUGCCCUUCUUCCUCGCUUAAUCAGCUACAAAAAGGGCAUGUUGCUGUCUAGGAAGUUAACGUCGUUGAUCUCCACGUCUCGAUCUGUCAUCCCAUCGUUCAGAAGUUACCACAAACCAGCACUACUCCCGGCUCUAUCAUUCCCUUCGCAGAGAAGCUCCAACUCGUGUCAGACUGUGAGAAUGGCUUCAGGUGGCAGCGAUCGGACCUUCCCUCCUCAGCAGCAGAAGGAUCAGCCUGGGAAAGAACAUGUUAUGGACCCCACCCCUCAGUUCUCCAGCACUGAUUACAAGCCCUCCAAUAAGCUUCAGGGGAAAGUGGCCCUGGUGACGGGAGGAGACUCGGGAAUCGGGCGAGCAGUCUGCCACUCCUUCGCCCUGGAAGGCGCCACAGUUGCCUUCACGUACGUGAAGGGCAAGGAAGACAAGGACGCCGCAGACGUCCUCCAGCUGCUGAAGAAGGCCAAAACCCCUGACGCCAAGGACCCCAUCGCCAUCCCCGGUGACUUGGGAUUCGACGAGAACUGCAGGAGAGCCGUCGACCAGGUCGCCAACGCCUAUGGCAGGAUCGACAUCCUUGUCAACAAUGCCGCCGAGCAGUACGAGUCGAGCACCGUCGAGGAAAUCGACGAGCCGAGGCUCGAACGAGUGUUCCGUACCAACAUCUUCUCCUACUUCUUCAUGACCCGGCACGCUCUUCAGCACAUGAAGGAAGGGAGCGCGAUAAUCAAUACCACGUCGAUCAACGCGUACAAGGGGAACGCCGAGCUGCUGGACUACACCGCCACAAAAGGCGCGAUCGUGGCGUUCACCCGCGGGCUUGCGCUGCAGCUGGUGCAGAAGGGGAUUAGGGUCAACGGCGUUGCCCCAGGUCCGAUUUGGACGCCCUUGAUCCCGGCGUCGUUUCGGGAGGAGAAAGUGACGAGCUUUGGGAAGCAGGUGCCGAUGCAGAGAGCUGGACAGCCGGUGGAGGUGGCGCCGUCGUAUGUUUUCCUCGCCUGCAACCAUUGCUCGUCUUACAUCACCGGCCAGGUCCUUCACCCCAAUGGUGGUGUGGUGGUGAAUGGUUGAACUGGUGAGAUAUCUCGCAAUGGCGUGCACUGCUGUUUGCGUUUAAGAUCUGGAAGACACCUCAGUCUGUAUAUGGUGAAUAAGAGCAUGAUGUAAAAUACUAAAUGUAGAAGACAAAUGUGAUAAAAAUGGAGAAGUGGUUUUAGUUUUAAAUUACAGUUUUUGCUCGUCGGUAUAAGCAGAUUUAAUCCAAUUGGGGUCCAAAUCCCACAUGCCUAAACAAACAAGUUAAUUGAUCUAAAUCACUCAUUUAAAUUACUAGGGUUUUUAAGUGAGUAAUUGAUCCAAACGACCCCAUGAUAAAAUAGUUUUAGUUUCGGUCAAUCGUUCAUUCAUUUAGAAUAGUGUUCUUUGUUUAGAAUCGUUUAGUUUCAAUAACUUGAGUUAUUAAGAGUACUUUGAUUCGUUCUCUAACAUCUUCAGUGAUGUUAGUACUGCCCUCAUCUAGCUAGCCACUCCAUUGUUCCUUCUCUACGACCUAGUGAAUGGGUUGGGUUAGUCUUACAUCAUUACUAAAAACCCUCAAAAUUCUUAAGGACUUUCCUUUUUAACUUUUCAUCUUAAAAUUGUGGAAGUUAUUACUUCCAACCUUUAGAUGUACUUAGGAUCCCCUCACUAAGUUUUUGUUACUCUCUUCAAAUUGUGGAAGUUAUUACUUCCAACCUUUAGAUGUACUUAGGAUCCCCUCACUAAGUUUUUGUUACUCGACGUCCUAAAAAACUAAACUUUAGACGUACUUAGAAUCCCCUCAUUAAGUUUUUGUUACUCGACGCCCUAAAAAACUCAACUUUUGACGUACUUAGGAUCCCCUCACUAACUAGUCCAUCCACCCAACUCAUAAUACGAGGGCCUUAAGAGCACUUUGCGAUCUUCCUUUAGACUUUUAUGGGGGAGGGGGACUGACGUUAGUGAACUACCAUUUAACCUUAAUUACAUAGUGCCCCUUAAUUACAUAGUGCCGAAGUACUAUUAAUACUUUAUCUUAAAGAUCGUAAGCACUCUAAUAGUACAACAUAAAUUUAACUGUAAUACGACUCUGGGGUGUAUUUUUAUCAAAGUCACGCAGCAAACAAGCAAUUCGAAGAUUGGUUGAACUCGAAUAAAAAACAACGCGUUCUUAAUACGAAAAUCGGAUAAAACGUAAGCAACGGACAAUUCCACACAUGGGGAAAGCUCGUAUGGUACAAAAGGGUGGCUGCUCGACCACGAUUGAAGAGAAUAUUCAAUCGAUACAAAGCUCACAAGCUUGGAAUCCACCAAACUUAAACAAGUCGCAACUUGCACAAAACCAAAUGGUUUGUUUUUCGAUUAAUCAAAGUCUUAUGUUUUUACAACGUAAAUAGAACGAUAUUUAAAGG